CCAACCAGUCAGUCAUGGCUACGCAAACAGAGGCGGCUCCGCAUGACAAGAACAGUCACUCGGUGACUUUUGGCGAUAGUAGUAAGCUGGACGCGUCUGCACCGCCGCCCUGCCCAGAUCCCUCUGCACACAGCAGCAAGACAAAGGAGUCUGCACUGCAGAACCAGGCCUCGGCAGCAGCCUUGUAUAGCACACACUCGCACGAAGCAAACAAACCCAACGUACUAGGUCCUGACGGGAAGCUCUCCUCCGCAAGCGCUGCAACAAGCCUUAAGCACGCCCAGGCCCACACCCUCCCGAGUUUCCCUGUCGUCGGGAUCGACGCUCGAACUUCGGCUGGGACGGCAGCCAACCUCGCAAACACAAAUACAAAAAGUCCUGAGUGGUGGAAGCCUGAGCUCUCGAGUGCCGCGGGCAAGGCUGCCUUGCUAGCCAACGACUACAAAAUGCAGCCGCUGUGGAAACCGGAAGCCAGCGCCGCUGGCUCAAAAGCCGCACUACUCGCUCACAGAGACGGCGGCAAGUUGGAUCUUUGGACGCCCCAGGCCAGCGCCGAAGGAAAUUCUGCGGCAACCAUCGCCAUGGGCAAGAAAGACCUCUCCCCCAACGUCGUGCUCGGUAGCAACGAAGACCAGAAGAGAAAAGCACUGCUUGCUGCUACUGGCGCUGUCUCCUCUUCCGGCCGCAAACGAGCACAGUCUACCCCAGAGCCACCGCCGCUGUAUCCCGAUUCCGCCAACUCGGCGAGAAAUGCCCUCAGUGCUGCCACCAUGGCACACAAUCCGUCCGUGAGGUCGACAAAUUCCCCAGUCACGGACUCCAACCAGCUCGGAUCUCCAGCCAUGCAGGCCGCACGCAUUCAGCAUUCCAAGGUGUCCCGAGAAAUGUACACGGAGCGCCCUCCUGUGGCUCUGGAGGUGGAGGAAAAGAAACGCCAAGAUGCUCUCCGAGCGUCAGCAGUUUCCAUGGCGAAAAAGAUGUAUGACGUGCAGCAGCAGCCCAGCUCGAGUCGUCAAUCGCACGCACAAACUGGAGCCACCGCAGCACAUGGCCAGAAACCGCACGCCACCGAGGACGAUAUCAAACAACAAGCAAUGCGUUAUAUCGGGAUUCAAGAAGCAGCUCAGAAGCUGGCCUCGGAACGGCUUGCCAAGAUCGGGAUGGACGAGAACGCAAUGUAUCGAAGUUACUAUGGCUAUGAAAAGACCGGCCGCUCCCGGCUCUCGAUUCGACGCGGACGAAACCGAGCUUCCAGCAACCCCGAGCCAGUGGACUCGGACGACGAUGAACUACAAUCUCGACGCAUUCGCUCUCAAAUGUCUCAGUUCAAUAAAUCGCUUGCGGAAGUGGACAAGAGGAAACAAGAGCAGGAUCGGAAGCAUCUAAUAGCCGCGGCAGAGCGGAAGGUACAAGCUCAGAUGAUGGGCAUAGAUAAGAAGAUAUUCGAUGAGACGGGCAAGAUGUCGCCGGCGAUGAUGGACGAGUGGGACGCAAAGGCUCGAGCAAAAGCUGCGGCCUAUAGUGAGGCUCGCAUGGAGAAUCACGGCAGGGUACACAUUGGGCAUGGAAAAUACAUGGAUCAAUCCGAGAUUGACGCCGUGGCUCAGGCCAGAAUCCAGCCUACGCUCGACGAAAUCACCGAGAAGACGGAGAAGAGGCGUGCUGAAGAGGAGGAACAGCGAUUGGAAGAAGCCGAAAGAAAACGCCAGGCUCAGAUUGAGAAAGAACGCGCUGAUGAUCUCAAAGCAGAUGAGCGCCGCGGAAGAGAGGAGGAAAAGAAAGUAUUAAAGUCAAAGGCUGAAGCAGACAAGGCGCUCGCCAGACAGGAGAAAGAAGCGGAGAAGGAGAAGAAGGCAGAGGAGAAACGACUCGCAAAAGAAGAAAAGCGAAAGAGCAAAGAGGCCUCGAGAACAGCUCCAACCGACACAGAAGCUGCGACUCAUGAAGGUAGAGCUUCCCACGAGUUAACCGCCGUCGAACCCAGAUCAGAGCCCGAAGUGACGAGCCCAACGUCUCCCCAAUCUGCCAAAAGCGACUCAAAAGGCAUCAAGUCCCUCUUCAGCAAGCUCAAGCGGCGCUCCAAGCAAUCAAACCCAUCUGCAUCACCAACAACUGAAGCAGACAAACAAGGCUUCAUCGGCGGUGUUGCACUUCGCAACUCAGAAUCGCACUCCCGCCGCAAUUCCACUCCAGCCAGCAUCAACAGCGGCACAGGCGGUUCAGCCCUUGCACAGCACACGACGUCAAAUCGCCGCUACUCGGACGUCUCAUCGCUGUCGGCAGAUAGCGAAGCUAGCAGCGUUCGAGGCCGCUCACACAAACGCACGACUACGUCGGGGAUGGAUAGCCCUGUCCCCAUGUCGCACGGCUCAGAGUACGAGGAGGCGAGGGACACAUUCAAUGAAAGUCUUGCGCCGCCACCUACUUUUACGUCGGAUGCUAGUUCUAGGAGAGGUAGUCCGAAUCGGGAUUCCAAGUUCAUUGAAGCAUUGUAA